GCCGCGCAUGCGCGCAGUUUCGCUUCGCGCUGCUUGCGGUGCGGCGUGGGGGCGCUCGGAGGGGGGAGGGCCGCGCCGGGUCGGGCGACGGCGGAGCUCUGCGGGCAGGGACCGACGCCAUGGCUCCCGUGCUGAACCUCAACAACGAGGUUGUGAAGAUGCGAAAAGAUGUGAAGAAGGCCAGAGUCCUGACUAUUCGCAGACUAACCAGACACAUUGGGAAAUUGAAGCUGAAAAAGGGUUCAGAAGACUUGAAAUUGAAGAACCAAAAACGAGUUGAGAGAUUAAUUGAAGAAAUCCAUGCCAUGAAGGAGAUAAAGCCAGAUGAAGUUACCAGAAUGGCUCUUAGAACAGAAGUUAAUUUCGAAACUGUCUGCAGAAAGCCAAAUUGUACUGCAACUGAGCGAGCCAUUGCAAGACUUGCAACACACCCCAUCUUGAAAUCCAGAUUUGUUGAACUGAAAGCUGCUGUAAAAGCUUUUAAGGAUGCAAGAAAGAACCCAGACAAAGCCACUCCUUCAAAAAAGGCUAAGUCAGAAGAACAGCCUAAAUCAGCACAUUUCAACAGGAAUUUGGAUGACCAAGCUCUUAAACAAGCUCAAAACCAGCAAGGAUGUGAACAAAAAACAAAAAUUAGUAUGAAAAUAGAAACUGACAGUGUGGGUGAAGAACUUUGUGAGAGUGAAUCUGAGCAGAAAAAUGUGAAAAUGAAGACAGCAUAUGCUACAGAAGAAUCUUCAUUUCAGGCAGUAGAAAUGCAAGCAGGCAGUCAGAGUAAAACAGGAAAGAAGCUCAACUUUCAAAAAAGGAAAGAAAAUAUGAGCAUGAACAAAUUCAGUGCCAUAAAAGAAAAAAAUAAUGAUGAUAGUGACCAGGAACAUCCUAAUGAAGAGGAGUACUUUGAUGAUAGUACUGAAGAAAGGUUUUAUAACCAGUCAUCAGAUUCUGACAGUGACAGCAGUGAUGAUUUCUUCAUUGGCAAGGUAAAAAGAAAGAAAAAGAUAGCAGCAGUUACUGAUCCUUCUUCAGCAAAAGAAAAGGAUAGCCUUCAGAAAAACAUGCUGAAGAAAGGAAAGAACACAGCACCUGGGACAGUACAAGAUUUAAUCAUGGAAAAAGGAAAGCCACAUGCAAAACCAAGCAAGCUAGAAUCAAUGUUUUGCAGUUCUUUGUCUACCUCUGAUCAGAAAUCUCAAAACAGAAGAAGAAAUUCUAAAGAUCAGCCUCUAAAAAAUGGAAGAACAGCUCUUCUUAAAAAGGAACCACACCUCAAGAAGCAACCAUUUGCAAAAGCUACCAGUAUUAAAUGCGACAAUAAGAAAGCAUGUUCAGAGCAGCCUCUUCAUCCGUCAUGGGAAGCAAGCAGGCGGCGCCGGGAACAAAUGUCCCAAAUUACAGCAUUCCAAGGGAAAAAGAUUAAAUUUGAUGACUAGACUAUGUAUGAAUUUUAUUAAAAAAAAGGAUUCUUGCAGGUUUGCAUCCUGUGGUAUUUUUUUACAAAGUAACAACUGCUGUUUGAAUACUUCUGUCAUACUGCCCUUAUCCUUUGCAACCUAUAAAAUAGCAGCUGCUAGAACUUAACAUCUAUUAAUAAUUGAGAUUGCUUCAUUUAUUCAGUGUGCUGUCUGUGUUAAUGUAUGGUCAUAUGGUGUUGCUUUGUAACUCCCAUUACAUAGUGCCACCAUUUACAAAAUACAUUCCAGCAUGAAUGAAUGUUUUUUUAGGAACAUCAUUUGUGCCCUGUGGGAAUAGUACAGAUUCUUUGGAGCUUUUUUUUUUUUUUUUGUAGACAUGUUCUUUAAACUAUAUGAGGACUUUGAUGUCAAAAGAGGGGAAAAUACAAAAUAUUGAGGUGAUAAUCCUAGGACUAUAUUAUCAAGUACCUCUCAGCCGAGCAAAAGUAAGAGAUUCCUAAAACUGAACAGACUUCACAAAAUAAUGAAUGUAUAGGGUAACUGGAAGAGCCAAUCAGUAUGCUGCAUGAUAUGAAAAUUUCUGGAGAGCAAUAAAAUAGUUGACUGUUGAA